GGCUGUGUGUCAUUCGCCCUGCCGGCUGAUGGCCCGGCGGAUGAACGACUUGACGAAGGCCAUCUCAGAUAUGCCCAUAAAGAUGGCCUCCCUUGCCGCAUCAAUCAGUGCCGCCUCCACUUUCCCCUCAUCAGACCCAUCGCUGUCCUGGGGCGGCUCCACCAGCAGUGACAUGCUCACGCCGGAUAUCCCAAACUGCACACGACACACACAGACACGGACGAAACUCAUGUGCCGUGUGGCAGAUGUUGCGUGUUUAGUCACCUCUUUGAUUUUGUCGAUGACGUGUUGUAGUUUGUUGCCGUGCCGCUCCUUCUUGUCGGCCGCCAUCAUGCCCAUCUCAUGCUCGAUGGCCGACACCAGACGACCUGAGUCCCACGACUGACUCGCAGCCACGCCUCCCUCACGACCCCUCCCACCAUCCCCACGGGGCCACCGGACGGCCCCCCGCCGCUUGAGUGACCGCAGGAAGCGCCGCAGCUGCGAUAUGAUGACGAGUGCAAUGCCCUUUGGCAGGCCGAGGUCGCGGCCGAUGUCCUCACACGCCGCCACACUGUCGAUGUCGUCCAACAUGUCCAACAAACUCACUGCCGACCCGAUGUCAAGCGACUGCACACACCGACAUGACAACACACACUCUCAUCCCGACUUCACACAUGUGUGUUGCUCGUUGCUGACCAUGAUUCUGUCGGCUACGUGUCGCAUGUCGGGUGAUGCGUCGGCCUUGAGCAGCUCCACCAGCUGAGCCUUCGUCAACUCAUCGAACGGAAUCACCUCCCCCUCGCCAUUGCCGUCGCCACGGGCACCACCCCGCCCCUCGCCAUCCACCGUGCGAUUGGCCGUGGUCCGAUCUCCGGCAUCAGGUGCGUGUGGGUCAUUGACUGGUGGACGGGGCGGUGGCAUCGUGACAUUGAUGUGGGCUGGCUCGUCGCCAGCAGGUAGCUGCUCGUCGUCUGCCGCCUUGAGUCGCUUGGGCGUGGGUGGUGUGGUGUGCUGCUGGCCGAGCUGAUGAAUGAAUCGGUUGGCGGCCUCCCUGAUGUCCUCGCCGUCACGCUGCCCCACCAUGGCCGGCAGCUCAUGCCGCACAAACGACUCGACGGAUGCAAAGCUCAGAGAGGGGACGGCAGCCAACAUCGCCCCAAUAUUGUCACCCACUUGACCAUACAGACGGCAGAGGGCCAUCCGCUGGGCGUGUGUCAUGGGCUGCUGAUCCUGAGUGCCGUCGGAGUCUAUCUCCUGCUGGCGGCAUGCCCAUGCCGCAUCGAUGGCCGCCCCCAUGGCGUCCCUGGUGGCCGCUGAGAGGGGCACCGACUGCACUGGCGUCCCGGGCAGGACCACCUCGACGGCCAGCUGGGUCAGCGCAGACCCACUCCUGAACUGCAGACAGAGGGGGGUAUCGGGGUGGGCUCUGCCGAGUGCCUCCAGCUGCUGGUAGAAGUGGCGAAUGAGGUCCCCCUGCUGCACCGGCGUCACACGAGGGCCACGAUUGGGCGUACGAUGGAUCGGCGUAGCCGGGGGGUCAUUCCGUAGCCAAAUGGGAGCCUCGAUGUCAGGCGAAGGAUUGCGGUCAAGGCGAUUGUCCCUUCGGGGCCGCGGCUGCUUGGCAUGCCGGGCAUUGGGAGUGGCAGGCCGCCUGCCACGCACACCUCCGUCAUGCAGCUGUACGGCCGUGCGCUGCGUCGGCAGCGUGGCUUGAGGGUCCUGCUGCAGCCGACUGGAGGUCUCGAUGUCAGGCAUGAGAUUGCGGUCGAGUCGGCUGGGAUGCCGCGGUGGGCUGGUGUCAUGGCGGUCAGCAUUGGGUCUGUUCUUGACCACUGCCCACCCGCUGCGCUCCAUCUCACGACGGUGCUGCUCGGCCAACGCCUGAUAGAGCCAGAAGCAAAGAGCAGCGGAUGAAGGGACUGUUCCUCCUUCUUGCCUUCUGUACCUUUGCUUUGUCGAACCCGCGAUUUGUGACGGAGAAGGACUUCCUCUGCUGCUGCUUGGAGUCGCCGCCCGCCUCAUACCAAGAUGCAAUCCAGCAUUUAUUAAGCCGAUUCCAGUAGACGCCCCUCACAUCAGACUGAUGCUCGGCAGGCUUGCGGCCGACGAUCUUGCCCUUGGCAUUGGCCGCGUUGCUGCCCCUAUGCUUCAAUGGCCUCUCGAUGGCCGAUGGGCUGCUGGUGGCGGAUGGGUCUCUGCGGCGAUGCUUCUGGGGUGGGCUGCGGUCGUCCGACUCGUCACGCACCGAGCCCUCAGGCCCCUCCCGGCCGCCCCCCUGCUGUCGAUCGAGCCAUGAGAGGUCGAUGGCCGUGGCCUGGUCACCCAGACGUGACUGGUGCACUGCGUUACGGUACUCGGCGGCUUGGCGCAGAGCCUCAAGGAUGCUGUCAAGGGAGGUGAUGUCACUGAUGGCGAAGGAUUGACGGUCGAGAUGUGUGCAAUGGCCGCCGGAGAAGUAGGCGAUGUAGUAGUACCUGUCCUUGCCCUUCUUGUGCAGGCUAAUCCCGAUCCUAUGAAGGAAAGGAGAAAUGCGCGUCGCUCCUCGCCCCAUCUGGUGGUGUGCUUAGCUGACCCUCCAUUCCCUUGCGGGCAGAAGUCACUCGACUGCUCCUGGAUCAGUCGCUCGAGCAUGGCCCUGGCAAGCUCCUCACCUCCCAGCCCAGUCAGAUCCCGCCUGUCGCGCGGCCGCUUGGGGUCAACGCCGAGCCGCUUGCGGCGGGGGCGAGGGGGACGACGCGGGUCGGGACCGAGAUCACCUCCGUCAGCACCAGACGACAGUAACGAUGAAGAGUGCCGCCAUUGUGACGCAUCAGAUGGCGUGGCCACGUUGAUGCUGCGGCGACCAGGACGCUGAUCGGGUGAAGGACCCUGCCGAUCUGGCGUAUCAUCCCCGUCGUCAUCCCUCAUAGCCUCGCCCUCUGAUGUGUGGUGCCUCAGCUCCAUGGCACGCUUGUGGGAUAUGGCAGCCUGUUUCGCCUCCUCGUAGCCCAGCUGCUUGACGGAGAAGAACUUGGUCUUCUCUUUGCCGUUCGCCUUCCAGCGGGCUUCCCAUGAGUUACUGGUCUUGUUGUAGGUGACGCAUUUGACACCGCUCUGGUGCUCAGAUCUCUGCUUGAUUGCCGCCCGACCGCUGCGCUCCAUCUCGAGACGAUGCUGCUCGGCCAACGCCUGACGCACACGUGAGAAAAAAAAGAGGAUGAGAUGGAGGCAGGGUGCUGCGAUGCGAAGUCGGUACCUUUGCUUUGUCAAAGCCAUGCUCCUUGACAUAGAAGGUCUUGCGCUCCUCGUUGCCGCUGCUCUUCUCGUACCACUUCGCUAUCCACGCCUGAUGCUGUUCAGACCAGUAAACGCCACUCACGGCUGACUGAUGCUGAGCCCUCGGGACAACGGUCCUUUGGUUGCCCUUGGCAGCCUUACGCCUCGGCUGUCCGUCGGACGAGGAGACGUCGCCCCGCCGAUCCAUGUCGUCAUCACCAAUGCCGUUCACAUCCGACGCGCCAUUGUCAUAAUGCAUCGACCGCCCGGACGCCGCACCAGCAGUCGAGUCUGGUUGCAGGUUGAUCCGCCGCAUGUCGAUCAUGAUUGCCCCGGAGUCCGCCAUGGCGUUGCAAUGCUGCGCUGCUUGGGUGAAGGCACGCAGAAUGAGCCGGGAUGAGGUGAUGUCAGACACACGAAAGACACGCUGCCCGGGCCCUUCUCCGCCCUCUGGUCGAUAGGCCACGAAACUCGCCUCCUCAGCAUGCCACUCGAGACCAACACUGGAUAGAACAAAAAAUGAAAAUGUGACUGAUUCAUUCCAAUGUCCAUGCUUUCGGCCCACCUGCCGGUAUUGUCCUUGGUGUUCCCGACCUGCUGUCGUGCGUCGCUCACCAGCCGCUCCGCCAGGGCAUGGCCAGCCCCUUCACUCAGCCUGGGCCACACAAACCGGUCCCUCCCGCCGCCCGACUGGUCGCGACCUGGUCGAUCGAUGGGCAUCUCGCCCGCAUAACCGUCCGAGCCGACCACCCUAUGUGACGGCCUGCCCCUGCGGCGCUGAGCCUGAAUGGGGGGCGGGAUGCGGUCAUGGCCGUCGAGUGGGUGGAUGUCACGGUCGUCAAGCAGUAGGGGUGGCGGCAUGGACAUGCGCCUCGCUCCGCGGCCGUGGCGCUCGAGAGGUCGGUUAUCAUCCCCUGCUGCCUCCCUCGUAGCUUCCUCGAGCCAUGACAGGUCGAUGAGAACCGCCUGGUCGCCCAGACGUGACUCGUGGAGUGUAUUGCGAUACUCGACGGCUCGUCGGAAGGCCGUGAAGAUGGCAGCACGGGAAGUGACGUUCUGACCCGCACUGAACUGGCGGGGGUCGACACUGGUUGCAGCCUGGCCGUCCCAGAAGUAGCUCUCGAAGACGUACGUCGCGCGCCACGUGAUGCCGAUACUGACACACACACAAGACACAAAGGGAGAAACACCCUAUCGCAUCUGUCCGUUCCUCGUGGGAGUCGUUCUCGCUUACCCUCCGUUGCCGAGGCAGAGUGAGUAUAGAUUUGGCUGCUCCUCAUGCAAGCGCCGUAACAGGCCACGUGCCAACGCAUCACCCGUCAUGCCGCCACCUUCCAGCCCUCCCAUGUCCACCUCGGCGCCUCGACGGCCCUCUCGUGAUGACAAGCGGGGGGGCGUGGGACCACUGCCAGCGUCGCGACCACCCUGACCGUCAUCCCUCAUGGCCUCGCCCUCUGAUGUGUGGUGCCUCAGCUCCAUGGCACGUCUGUGGGAUAUGGCGGCCUGUUUGGCCUCCUCGUAGCCCAGCUCUUUGACGGAGAAGGACUUGAACUUUCGCUUGCCGCCCUCACUCCAGCUGGCUUCCCAUGCGUUGGCUCCCUUGUUGUAGUGGACGCCCCUCACGCCGCUCUGGUGCUCCGAUCGCUUUUGCAUCGACGCCUGGCCAGUGCGCUCCAUCUCCUGACGAUGCCGCUCGGCCAACGCCUGACGCAGAUGACACACAGGAGAAGAGCUUGACAAGCGCCGCUGGCGAUCUUGUUGUCAGUCAAUACCUUUGCUUUGUGGACGCCGUGCUCUUUGGCCGAGAAGUGCUUGAACUUGCGACCGCUCUUCUCGUACCACGACACCUGCCAGACCCCAUCGUAAGGACGCCAGUGGACGCCGCGCACAUUCGACUGAUACAUGCCCUCGCUGGUGUUGGGCUGCUCAUCCGCUGGGGGGCUCCUGCCGAGUGGACGUGUGAGGCGAUGCUCCAGGGACGGGCUGCGGUCGACGGCCUCCUCGAUGGUGGGGCGUGCCGGCUGCGUCACUUCCCCCGCUCUCGCAGUGGAUCGUGGCUUGUGACCGUCACGAGGCUUCCUGCGUGACGCCUUCUUGGCUGACAGACCUGAGAAAAACAAUACAGAGAGCCACAGUCAGUGGAUGGGCGCCGGUCGAUUAUUCGAGUGCGGCUCUUGUCGCAUCCAACGUGCGUACAUUUGUCGUCGUGUGGUCCGUCGUGAGAUGCAUCAGCCGCCCCACCAGCGACAGGGGGCGUGUACGAGUGGUAGGCUGCAUCGGCGGGCGGCGCAUCGUUGGCGCGGCCAGGGAAGCUGCUCUCCCCUGCACGCACAACAGCACGCACACAACGAUCUGCAUCAUGCCCUCAAGUGUCUUCCUCCCCCGCCGGUCUUACUUGCAGGUUUCCACUGUAUGAGGGUCCGCUCGACGCCAUCGAUGACAUCCGACACGCUCUCGAACCGAUCGUCAGUGUCUGCUGUGCCGUUGCGGACGGCCACCAGCAGGUCGCUCAGCAUACUCGUGUCCCAUCCCCUCACCACAUCGUCACGAGCGACAACCGCUCGCACCCACACCGGCGGCCGGUCGGUCCCUCCCCCCUCCCCCCACCAUGCCGUCACCACAUACGGCAGCCCGUCGCCCUCGCCGGCCACACUGAACUGCACACCCUCAUACUCAGCCGAGUACUUGCGGUGGCCGGGGAUGCCCUUGUUGAGCAACACAUCCGCCAAGGGGAUCGGCCGGCGGCUUGACGUCCGCUCCCUGCUGUGGGAGGGUGCAAGAGGCCCCUCGCGCUCACGUGACCCGCCGACAUCUUUGCUCUUCGGAUCGCGUGGCUCGUGAUGGUGAUGGGCCGACGACACGUGCUGUCCUGCUGUGCUGGUGUUGCCGUGUGCUGCUGGUGGUGGAGCUGGUGAGUCUGCGGGGGGUGGGUAGGGCUGGUCGUCUGUCGUCUGUGCACAGGCUGGCUUGCGCUUGUCGUCUUGGGCAGCCGCUGCUGCACUACCCUGACCCACACACGGCUGACUUGCCGAUGGAUCAACAUGCGAUUGGGAGCCGGCAUCCAACUGCUGUCCGAGGCGCCCCGAGGCCGAGUGGUACGGCUGAUUCGGUAGAGACGACUGGUGGUGUUGGGUGAGGUGCAGGCUGUGUGGGGCGGGGGCCCGGUGCGUCAGAGCGUCAGUCGCCUGCAGCGGUCCCACAACUGCCAGAGGUCCCGAUGACGCGCCCGCAGAGUGACGCUUCCCGUGCUCCAGAAACCUCGGCGGGGGAGGGACGGCGAGGAACUGCUCAGAGAACGAACCUGCCACCACAACACAGCCAAUCGAGGCGGUAGGAUUUAUCAGGCGAUGUGGCGUGGUGUGCUUGCCUUCUUCUCACCUGGUUCUGUGGGGCCAGGUGGCAUUGGCCGGGACUGCAGGAACCGUCUCGCCCUGCCCUCAUGAUGGCCCACGACCACUUCAAACGGCUCAUCCUCCCUGAGGUCCCCUCCCUGCCUCGCGCGCUUCAGCAAACGCGUCACAGCCCCCAGCCGCCACCCCUUGUCAGCAUCUUGACGAACGAAGGGGAGCCUCACAUACAGCUCCUGCCCCUCACCGUCAUGCAACGGCCCCGCCGUCACACCGCACAGGCCGCAAGAGGCAUCGACACCAUACACGUUGAAGUCAACCCCUUGGUAGGCCGCAUGGUACAUGCCCUGGUUGCUGGGGUCGCCACGCUUCUGCAGCAUCUCCCGCAGUGAGUUGAGAAGGUCCCCAGGCUGCGAGGGAGGGGCGGGUGGAGUGUGUGCAGUGGGAUGGCCAGAGUGGGAGGCACCAGGUGGAGAGAGUGCUGGCGCAUGCUUGUUCUCCCGCACGCGAGAUGCUGUGUUGUUGGCUCCAGAGCUUCCCUCUCGCUCGUCUUCCCCAGCUGCAGCCCUGCCGGUAUGGGCUUGACACGACUGGCUUGCAGAUGCCGCAUGCGACUGAGGUCCAGCAACCAGCCGCUGUGCAGCGCGCUCUGAGUAUGGAUGAGGCGCCUCAGGGGGAACAGACGGAUAGCCAUACUGGUGCCUCUCCACUGGAUCCGUCUGAUGGGGCGCGGCAGUGGGAUCAACAGACGGAUGGUUGUGUUGAUACAUGCCCAGUGCUGGUGCGCCAUCCGAAGACGGACCAGGAGCCGACGAGGCCGCCUGCAUUGCUGGCGUGGUGGUGGCCCCAGGAUUGGCUUGGAAAGUCGCCGCGGCACCACUAGCAGAUGUGUAAGAGCCCGACUGAAGCGGCUGGAUAGAAACAGAUGAGUGGUUGUCCUGAUACAUCUCCAAGGCUGAUGCGGCCACGCCGGCAGCAUGUGACGACGACGCAUGAGUCGCCGAGGCCGCCUGCACGAUGGCUGCCAGAGCCCGAUAGCCGUCCUCAGCUGACGAUGGUGAGCUGUCAGCAGGAUGGGUGGGCUGACUCGCCAUCGUCUCUCUCUGGCAGAUCUCGCUACGGCUGACUUACAGACAGCGCCACACCGCCGUCAGAUGUGAAGCACAGAUGACAUCGGUGAUAAGAGAUCUGCGAUGAAUGCGGGGCAGCGGAUCACCAGAUCUGGGUCUGCCCGAUGAAGAGACGCCGCAGAAGGUUGUCGUCAUUGCGCCGCAUAGGUCCAGAAUGCCGCUCUGUCGGUCCCGCCAGCCAGAUCGGCUCAAUUCUUUCAAUUGUGUGUCAUACAGAGCAGCGCAGCGACAAGUCUACUAAACGGGCUCAGAAAGCCUCUCGCGAUACCCAGCAGGAAGGCGUGCAGACAUUUAAUGAACGAGCUACGGUGAAG